AUGUCUAACCUGCCAGAGGUGGCAUUGCCAACAACGGGUCUUGAGGUCGAUCAUUCAGCGUCUGCACCACCAGCAGGUGUCAACUACGUAGCUCCACAUUACUAUGGAGAGCAACAACAACGACUGCCCUCGAAGGGCGAAUACGCUCCGGUCGGAAGCGAGGAUCGAAGUGUGCCGAAAGACUCAGCAACAGUUUGUGGUGUACGAAGAUCUACAUUCUGGCUUACAGUCAUACUGGCUAUAGUGGUCGUAGCUGCAGCAGUGGGGGGAGGUGUCGGUGGUUCUAUGGCGGUAUCGAAUGCAAGAUCCGACGCACAAUCCGGUAGCUCAGGGUCAGCUAGAGAAACAGUCACCGUCACCGCUACUGUCUGCUCCACCUCCGCCCCCGAACCCACAUCCACAUCCGUCUCCGAGGACGACCCGCCAUACGUUCCCAAGGAGGCGUGGAGGGUGAACAGUAUAAAUGGGUCAUGCCCCACCCCUGUUAUGCAGAACACCCACGUCGACAAUAGACCCGACGACAAAUACAACUGCAGGGAGGGCAGGGACUUCGGCGGCUUCGACAUCAUGUGGUUUACAUCGUACACACUGCAGGCGUGCAUCGAUGCAUGCAGCAAUUACAAUGUAGCGAACAAGACCCAAACGCCGUGUAAGGGUGUGGCUCUGGCGCUGGACCUGCGGCAACAGUAUUACGUCAAUGGUGGCGCAAACUGCUGGUUGAAGUCGGAAGCGAAUGAGGCCGGUUCCAGUGAAAAGAAGACUAAUACAUUCGCGUGGUUAGAAAAUCAAUAAGUGCGG